GCGAGCGCGGCGGCGAGGAGGAGGAGGAGGAGGAGGAGGGAGGAGGGGGGGGUGAGAGUUGAGAGUUCAGACGCCGCUGCCGCCGCCAGCUCGGACUCAUGAUUCCCAUAUGCCCGGUAGUUUCGUUCACCUAUGUGCCCAGCCGGCUGGGAGAAGAUGCCAAAAUGGCCACCGGCAACUACUUUGGAUUCACCCAUAGCGGGGCUGCUGCUCAGUACAGCCAGCAGCCUGCUUCGGGUGUAGCCUAUUCCCAUCCAACUACAGUUGCUAGCUACACUGUCCACCAGGCCCCAGUCGCUGCACACACGGUUACUGCAGCCUAUGCCCCAGCAGCAGCUACGGUUGCAGUAGCCAGGCCUGCUCCAGUAGCUGUCGCAGCUGCUGCAACAGCUGCUGCAUAUGGAGGCUACCCGACGGCACACACAGCUACAGAUUAUGGUUACACACAGAGGCAACAAGAAGCUCCACCACCACCACCUCCUGUCACUACACAGAAUUACCAGGAUUCCUACUCAUAUGUUCGAUCUACUGCCCCAGCUGUAGCUUAUGACAGCAAACAAUACUAUCAACAGCCAACAGCAACUGCUGCAGCUGUGGCUGCUGCUGCCCAGCCUCAACCUUCAGUAGCUGAAUCAUACUACCAGACAGCUCCAAAAGCAGGAUAUAGCCAAGGGGCAACUCAAUAUACUCAAGCUCAACAAACGCGACAAGUGACAGCUAUAAAACCUGCAACCCCAAGUCCAGCAACAACUACAUUUUCUAUAUAUCCGGUAUCCUCUACUGUGCAGCCAGUAGCAGCUGCAGCUACUGUUGUUCCAUCCUAUACUCAAAGUGCAACGUACAGUACAACAGCGGUUACUUACUCUGGUACCUCUUAUUCUGGCUAUGAAGCUGCUGUGUAUUCAGCUGCAUCGUCCUAUUACCAGCAGCAGCAGCAGCAACAGAAACAGGCAGCAGCAGCUGCUGCUGCUGCUGCUGCAACAGCUGCUUGGACAGGGACCACCUUUACUAAAAAGACACCAUUCCAAAAUAAGCAACUGAAACCAAAACAACCUCCCAAACCACCCCAGAUCCACUACUGUGAUGUUUGUAAGAUCAGCUGUGCUGGACCACAGACUUACAAAGAACACUUAGAAGGCCAGAAACACAAAAAGAAAGAAGCGGCAUUAAAAGCUUCCCAGAACACCAAUAACAGCAGCACUUCUGCUCGUGGAACUCAGAAUCAGUUGCGCUGUGAGCUUUGCGAUGUGUCUUGUACAGGAGCAGAUGCGUACGCUGCCCACAUCCGUGGAGCCAAACACCAGAAAGUAGUAAAAUUGCACACAAAACUUGGCAAACCCAUUCCUUCAACUGAACCAAAUGUGGUUACCCAGGCAACUUCCUCAACAUCCACAUCUGCUUCCAAACCAGCUGCGUCUGCUUCAAAUAUAGCAACUAGCAGCAGUACUGUGAACUCCUCUGUUGCAUCCUCUGCAGUGAAAAUUCUUACUCCCACGACAAAUACACCACUUAACACGGCGUCCAACAACAAAACAUCUUCAACUGCUGCUAAUAUAGCUGUAAAGAAAAUAUCUACACCGAAAAUAAACUUUGUUGGCAAGUACAGAAGUGGUAAUAAGCUUCAGACAACAGGAAGUAAACUGGAAGAAAUGAAAUCAGCAGAAAGUGUUAAAACAGCUCCUGUUGCCACGGUACAAACACAGGAAGUAAAACCAGACACAGCAACUGAACCAGUGACUCCUACAACUCUUGCUGCCUUGCAAAGUGACGUCCAGCCAGUGGGCCAUGACUAUGUGGAGGAGGUAAGAAAUGAUGAAGGAAAGGUGAUCCGCUUUCACUGUAAACUUUGUGAAUGCAGUUUUAAUGACCCUAAUGCCAAGGAGAUGCACUUAAAAGGGAGGCGGCACAGACUUCAGUAUAAGAAAAAAGUAAAUCCAGAUUUACAAGUAGAAGUAAAACCCAGUAUUCGAGCAAGAAAAAUUCAAGAAGAAAAGAUGAGGAAACAGAUGCAGAAAGAAGAAUACUGGAGAAGGCGAGAAGAGGAAGAACGCUGGAGGAUGGAAAUGAGGCGAUAUGAAGAGGACAUGUACUGGAGGAGAAUGGAGGAAGAGCAGCAUCACUGGGAUGACCGUCGCAGAAUACCAGAUGGAGGAUAUCCUCAUGGUCCUCCAGGACCUCUAGGCCUGCUGGGAGUUAGGCCAGGAAUGCCUCCUCAGCCCCAAGGACCAGCUCCUCUACGCCGCCCUGACUCCUCUGAUGACCGCUAUGUGAUGACCAAACAUGCGGCAAUAUAUCCAACAGAGGAUGAACUUCAGGCAGUCCAAAAAAUUGUUUCUAUUACUGAGCGUGCUUUGAAACUUGUUUCUGACAAUAUGACUGACCAUGAAAAAAACAAGAGCAAAGAGGGAGAUGAUAAAAAAGACAGCAGUAAAGACAGAGCUCUGAAAGGAGUUUUACGGGUAGGCGUUUUGGCUAAAGGUUUGCUGCUCCGUGGAGACAGAAAUGUCAAUCUUGUUUUGUUAUGUGCUGAGAAGCCUUCAAAGACGUUACUCAGUCGUAUUGCUGAAAGUCUUCCCAAACAACUUGCAGUAAUAAGUCCUGAGAAAUAUGAUAUCAAGUGUGCAGUCCCAGAAGCAGCAAUAAUUUUAAAUUCAUGUGUGGAACCCAAAAUGCAAGUUACUAUCACGCUGACAUCUCCAGUCAUUCGGGAGGAGAACAUGAGGGAUGGAGAUGUAACCUCGGGUAUGGUGAAAGACCCACCGGACGUCUUGGACAGGCAAAAAUGCCUUGACGCUCUGGCUGCUCUACGCCACGCUAAGUGGUUCCAGGCUAGAGCUAAUGGUCUGCAGUCCUGUGUGAUUAUCAUACGUAUUCUUCGUGACCUCUGUCAGCGUGUUCCAACUUGGUCUGAUUUUCCAAGCUGGGCUAUGGAGUUGCUUGUAGAAAAAGCAAUCAGCAGUGCUACUGGACCACAGAGUCCUGGGGAUGCACUUAGAAGAGUUUUUGAGUGUAUAUCUUCAGGAAUCAUCCUUAAAGGUGGUCCUGGCCUUCUGGACCCUUGUGAAAAAGACCCUUUUGAUACACUUGCUGUAAUGACAGAUCAGCAACGAGAAGAUAUUACUUCAAGUGCACAGUUUGCAUUGAGACUCCUUGCAUUCCGUCAGAUACACAAAGUUUUAGGAAUGGAUCCAUUACCACAGAUGAAUCAACGCUUCAACAUCCAUAACAAUCGUAAAAGGAGAAGGGACAGUGAUGGGGUUGAUGGAUUUGAAGCAGAGGGAAAAAAAGACAAAAAAGAUUAUGAUAACUUUUAAAAAAAGUUUGUCAUUUUAUUCUAGGAUUGAAGGUGAUAAAAAGUCCAUUUGUUGCCUUGCUUUUACUUCAUUCAUAAUAAUGUCUGUUUAAAACAUCCAAAACCACCUCGGGAAUUAGAUUUGGAAGAGAACAACGUAGCUCUUCUGUGAGAUUCUGAACAUUGUAAUGGAUGUGCCGUAUCAGACAAAUUAUGGAUGGAAAGACUACAAAUGGAAACUCUGUCAUUGGGGAAAAAAAUAGUUCGAGGUUUUUACCCUCAUUGCAUUUUCUUUAAAUGUGUUGCUAACUUCAGUAAAUUUUCUUUUUUUGUCCUUUUUUUUAUUAACAAGUGCGUUGUCUUAUCUCGACUGUAUUUAAUGCAGCGUUUGUGCUUCUGUUGGUAUGUGUAUUUUGACAUUUUAUUUAGAAGUUUUUUUGUUUGCCCUUGACACUAGUUGUAUAAGUUACUUUGUGUUAGAUAGUAUAAACUGUUCCUCUCCCCAUUAAUAUUUCACAUAACUUUUUUUUUUGUAAAGUGAGACUGCAGGAUUGGUUUUUUUUUCCUAAAUGUGAAGGGGUUACAACACAAUUAUCCUGCCAUUUGAGUGCUCAGAAUUAAAUGUUUUUGCCAAUCUUGUGGCAUUUGUCUUCUUAGUGUGAUAUAACAGUGUAAUUAAGACAAAUUUGUGUUAAUCUAAUCAAGUUUGCCGUUAGUUGUGCAUUAGCAGUAUAAAAGCUAAUAUAUACAGUAUGGUCUUGCAACAGUUUUAAAGCAGCUGCAUAAUUGAUCAAAGUUUUGCAUGAUGUUUUUGUUUUUGAUAGAAGGGCUUUUAAAACUAUAAUUUUAGAUUAAAUGCGUAGUUCUUCGUAUGAUUGACUUUGUGACAUAGCAAGGCCAAAAAAUAACUUUCUGAAUUUCUUUUCUCAACAUAUAAGCAGAAGCGGGCAUUUCCCAUUUGGACAAAGUUAGUCAUUCUUUUCAAACAACUUUGUCAAUAUGAUAUUAAUGCCUCUCAGCCCUUAAAAAAUAAAUGUUUGUCAUAUCAGUGCCUGUGAGGUUAUUCCUUAUAGCUAUUCCUGUAUAAAAUUUCUGUGAUUUUUUUCAAUAAUUCAAAUUUUAAAAGUGAAGUAUUACUAAGUGAAGGUUAUCAAAGUAAAAACCCAGAAAAUUAUUUGAUGUGGCCAUAGUGUAUGCUUAUGUCUCUUUCAAAAAGCUAAAUAUAGCAGUGGUGUAAGUAAAGUUACAUCAUACUGUUGAUGUAUGCUCUGGUACACAGGUGUGAUUUAUUGUCACAGCACUACAGUGGAAUACUCGAAUAAAAACUAAAAUUUAUUAAAUGACUUAAAUUCAUUAUACACUGGAAACUGAAGUUUCAAUUACUCUGUUCAAUGUGUAUUAUGCUUUGUUGCAAACCCAUAAAACACACAGAUAACAUAGACUAACAUUCCGGUAUCUAAUCACUGGCUGUAUGAGAGUAUCAGGCAUCACAAAUAUCAUUUGUUGUUUCUGAUACAGUUUAUUAAAAAAAAAACAUUUUGUUCCAGUUUGUGGUUGAAUUUAUCUUUGACCUUUUUAAAUAAAAUAAGUUUUGGAGUAGGGGGAUACUUUUGUCUUGCAACACCCACUGCUAACAGCAUGGGUCUAUGGAAUGCAAAUAAAAUAUUUUAGAAAAUAGAAGCAGUCUUGAAGAAAAAUGUUAAUACAGUGUUCUUCAAGUAUCAGAGUGCAAUUUUAAAAGGAGUGAGUAUUAGUGGUGAGCAAAUAAAGAGAAAACAUUCUCAUUGUAAGAAAGAUUUCUUAAAUAAUUUCAGUAUCAGAAAUACAAUAAUUAGUGUGUGCUUUAAAAUUCCUGUUAAAAAAAAAAAUUACACUAGUUUCUGUUGUCCAGCCUUGAGGCAUAACUUCCAAGUAUGUGCUUGUUCUUAGUCUUUUUUUUUUCUUUUUUUUUUUUUUUUUUUUCUUUUUUUUUUUAAGAGGAGGAUGUCUUGGUGCCAUGGUGUCUAGUUAGCCAUUACUAUUUAUUUUGAAAGCUACAGGUGCUAUUCGUGUGGCUAGUUCAACUCCAUACCAAAGUUUCUUUCCUCAUAAAGCUAAAACUUGUCUAUUCAGGCAUGGGACCCUCAACUUUAGGAUUAAAAAGGUCAAAGAUGUAUUUUGGAUUUCCUGUAUUUUUGUUCUGCUGGCUUUUAUCUCUUAACCAGUUUCUGGAUCUUUUGAAAUAUUGUAUACUUAAAGUGAUUCCACAUUAAAUAUGAAGCUGUGACCAUGAUUUUUGCGCUGUGUGGUGAAGAGUGAAUUUCGUUUUUUUGCUGUUUUUCCUCCCCAUUUUAAUGGGCUUUUUUAACUAGGUAACUCCUGGCUCUGGCAAAACUAAGAAUGGAAAAACAACAUUUUAAAAUGUACAGAGAUAGUUUUGACUUCUAAGUAUUACAUUGUGUGCUUAGGGAGACAAAACUUCCAUUCUCUUUCUUUCUUUUCUCUGAAGGCUGUAAGCCAAAGAGUUUUCUAGCCAAAAAGGCUACAAAUUAAAUUUCUUCUGAUAGAUUAUUUUGUAAAUCUUCUAAAGAGUUUUUCGUUAUUUUUUAUUCAGCGUGGGAUUUCUCAGACCUUUUCAAAUGAAACAGAUAACAAAUCUUCUGGGGGUGGGGAAGAAAUCCAAGGAGUGUCAUCUGUAGUAUAGUGUUACCACAAAGGUUCUCACAACCAAAUAAAAAUCAGGCUUAAUUCUGUAAGUAGCUGUUAAUUUAUAUUCACCCAUUUUGUACCAUUUUCUCAUUUGGAUUUAUGAAAAUUGCAAUUGUACAUAUAUGUUCAUAGUACUGUUUCCAGUUGUUCGUUGGACUGCUUUCUGAUGUUUACCUUCUGCAUUUUAAGAAAUGCUACCCUAAUAAUACUUGGCAAGUUUAAAGUUACUAACAGGGUAUAGUGUUCAUGAUUUUUCAUAGCUACCAGAUUGGCAGCAGGGGAUUUUUAUCCUACACAGUGCGUACUUUCCCACUUAAUGUUGCCUUAACAUAACAGCAUUAGAAAUGGUCAUCUAAUUAAUACAAUUAUUUUCUUAAACUGCUUUGCAAAUCCAUGUCUAUUAAUAUUUAUUCUGAAGCCAGUGGUUAAUUGAAGGACAGUUUAAAGCCUCACAGCUUUUAGAGGCUCAGCGUAGCUUGCAUGUGUUCAAGUACAUUCUACAUCAAUCCUAUUUCAAGUUGAUGUCCUAAAAUCCAAAGACACAUAGAAGGUAUCAAGAAAUAUCUGUUAAUUUUUGAAGUUUCCUACAUUUGAAAAUGUUAAGUUUGCAGAAUGGAGUAGCUGACAAAGAGAAAACAAAUCACUUAUUCUACAGCAGAAGGUUACUUCAUCAUUAAAAAGGAGAUUAAAAGUCUUGUUUCUACAUGAUUCAUAAAUGUUGCUCCUUACAAAAGCCUUUUUUCUUUCCUCUUCUGCAUGCUGUGUCAUGUUUACAUCAAUUGUAUGCAUAUGAUUAGGAAGCUCUGUCCAGAAUAUGAGAUACCUUUGUCACAGAUUUAACUGCAGGCAUAUGUUUAGAUUUAUCAGUAAUUUGCUGGUUGUGCAAGUUAACGGUUUGCUAUUAGGACAGGAAGCUGAGCUGUAUUGCUGACAGUGCAAGUCAGAACGUUAUGAGAGAGGUUAAGAUGCCUGAACACAAGGGUUUAGUGCCAUUUUAUGUGCUCCUAGGAUAUGUGGUGCUGCAAAAGGGGACAGGUUUUGCAGAAGUCUGACUGUAUCAGCCAGCCCUGUAUGUAUAUUUCAGUAUGUAACAUCUAAAAUGGCAUUGUUUAGCUAUGUAUUGCACCAUGUAUUCAUUUCCAUGUUAUAAAAGCGUUGGUAUUUUUACCUUUUUAGAGUUCGUGCCAGUGUGGUCCAGAGCAUUGCCAGUAUAGUCACAUGAAAUAGCUACACCGAGGUUGGAUAAUCAUGGAGAAAGCACUGGCAUUAGCAAUGCUGUGUGCUUGUCACAGAAGGAGGGGAAGCUCAAAUGCCUGUGAUAAUUAAAUACCAUCCCAGUUUCUCCCAGUAAUGAUGAUCGUUUUUUAAAGCAUCUGUUUUGUGAUUUACUUCUGCCCAAGGUUUUAAGAAUAUGUAGGAAUCAUGGUCUACAGCUCCCUCACAAGGGGAGCGGAGGGGCAGGCGCUGAGCUCUGCUCUCUGGGGGCAGCGACAGGACCCAAGGGAACGGCAUGGAGCUGGGACAGGGGAGGGUCAGGCUGGGUGUUAGGGAAAGGUUCUGCUCCCAGAGGGUGCUCGGGCACUGGGACAGGCUGCCCACAGCAGUGGUCAUGGUACUGAGCUCAAAAAGCAUUUGGACAACGCUCUCAGAUGCAUGGUCUGAUUUUUGGGUGGUCCUGUGUGCAGCCAGGAUAUGGACUUGGUGAUCCUUGUGGGUUCCUUCCAACUUGGGGUAUUGUGGGAUUCUAUGAAUCAUUUACUUGACAUUUUUUUCUUUCCAAGCUAUUUUAGUAAAUUUUUAAACAUACAAUGGCUGACUUGGUUGGAUUGUGUUCUUACUGCUUAAAUGGAGUAAGAAAGCUGCUCUGCCAGCACAAGACAAAACAAUCGUUUCUAAUCAUUUACAAGAAACAUUUAUCACCCAUAUAAAUAUUUAACCUGUACAAACGUGCACGUUAAUUUUCCUGUUUCUUAUAUUGAGCAAUCAGCGUUCCGUGGCCACGUCUCAAGAAUGUCACCCAACAGUCUUUUUCCAGUCCCAAAUGUAUUGUUUCUGAUAAUGUAGCUUAUUUCAAGUUCAUUAUGAUUUUGGUGCCAUUUUGCAGAAACAAGGACGUACACAUAUUAGCAGGAAAGAUAAGUAGGAUUUUAAUGAAUUAUAAGAAGAAAGGGAAAAGAAACUGAGUAAAACAGUAUCAGAACAGAACUUGUUAAAGGGGUCCAAUUGAAGAAAUAAAAUGAGGAAGGCUCUUUGCUGGAGAACUACCGAUGAAAGCUAAAUGAAAAAUUGAAGAAAAGUGAUGUCAAGUCAUAAAACAGAUGACUACAAAUACAAAUAGUGCAGGAACAUGAAGAGAAAGGCUCUGUCUCAUGCAGAGAGAAGGGCCAGUGCAGUUAUGUGAUUUGCCACCCAUGCCAACUACUGCAGUGCUCCACUAAAGCAUAAAAGACAAAAAGUGCCAGAUUGUUGAGGAGGUUGAGAAUGAAAUGGUUUAAGCUGGUUACUGCUCAUGUGCUAGGACGAAAAGGGAAAGGGAAGAUGAAGAGAAGGGACUGACCUUUAAUGCAUCCAUCUUAGUUAGCAGGCAAAGCUGUACAUCUGGCAUUCCUGCCUUGUUCUGCUACGUUUGAGUGAAGGGAGAGUCUGUAAGCAGUGCUUAAAAAAAAAUAAUCUAAAAUCAGGAUGCUGCACAGCCAAAAAAAAAAAAUGCAAUUUUAUGCAGGAAAUCAACCGCCUCAGCUGGGCAGAUGCUUGAAACGUGUCCGGGUGCUCUGAACAGCAGAGAGCGCUCUUGUCAUUAGCAGCAGCUGCCAUCUGGAAGGGGACAGUUGAUUUUCACAUCGCUGUGACAAGCACGAGGCAAAAACUGAUCUUUCAGCUACUCCGGUGUUCCUCUCUAUUGAGAAAAGGU